CGAGGGAGAAUCAAAUCGGAGAAAGUGACCAACUUUUUUUUUUUUUUUUUUGCGAAAAUUUUAGAUGAGCAGCAGGCAGGCACCUCUGCCAAGCCAUCUGCAUUUUAUGUCACCUUCCACCACCUGAACUUCCAUUCAUAAUUUUGACCAUAAACACCUUCUUUCUAACUGCUUUUAUCUCUCCUCUGAAUCUUGGCAGUUCCAUAACAAAAUAAACAUGGAGCCAGAUAUUGCUUCAACCGUCACCAUUGAGCGACGCUUUUUUGAGACUCUAGUUCGCCGUGGUCAACUUCAACCCUCUGACGUGCCCGUGUCUCGUUCUUUGCCCAACGAUGCCCUGAUAGUGUCUCGCGCAGAUCACGAGGCUCUGCAACGAACGGCGAGACGUUACGCAAAUCUCCGCCAAAAUCUGCUUCGUGGCGGCGUUGGGGAGGACACUAUAAACCUCCUCAGCCAGGACGAUGCCACAAACUCUAUCCAGGAUGAUGCAUUCACUUCCCCGCCCCAGUCGAACCCUCAGAAGGAACAUCGGACCUUGCCAGCUCACUACGACAAUGCGCCGCCCCACAUGCCUCCGAGGCCUCGGCCAACGCACGCAGGUCGGAGGCCAUUAGUCGAGGUUGGCGAUGGACACAACAAACCUCAUACGGGUCCCGCAGUUCACUCAACUGUUGGCUUUGAGGGAUCGCCAGAUUGGGCAGAUGCUGAUGGUGGCCAAGAUGGUUUAUCGUACUCGGCUGAGACUCCAGAUGAUGCCGACAUCCACGGCCAGCAGCUAUACCCGGACCACGGUGAGAAGGCGGCUUAUGAGAAGCAAUGCAUGCGAACUAUCCAGCUGAUCGGCCUUCCCGACGCCACAACCCAUGCGGACAUCACCGGUGUAGUCAGGGGCGGUCUCUUGCUUGAUAUAUUUGUACGGGCUCAUGAUCGCUCUGCCACCGUCUCCUUCCUCCAUUCUGCCGACGCGCGAGCCUUCUUUGACCAUUGCCGAAGAUAUGACCUAUAUAUCAGGCAUAAGAGGAUAGAAGUGCGUUGGAGUGACCGUCAGUUCACCCUUUCCGGUCAUGUUGCGAGCAAAAUCGGGAACGGAGCCACGCGAAACCUUGUAUUGCGUCGCUAUGAUUCGGACACAACCGAGGCAAGCAUCCGUGACGAUCUUGACCACAUCCACAACCUGGCCGUUGUCAAAGUAACUUUCAUUGGUGGCAGUUGCUUCAUAAGCCUCAACUCAGUUCAUAAUUGCAUAGUUGCAAAGACCUGCAUGAUGAGUCGUCUCAAAUACAAAAACUGCAGGAUUGAGUGGGACGUGGAUGAGUGCGCCCAGCCACUCGAUCGUGUUCAACCAGUGAACACUAGAAAAGACCCACCACCUGCAAAGAGACACGUGAGUGCGGUUGCCAAUCGCUUCAAGCUCCUGAGCAUGGACGGGGAAGACGAGGACCAAUCCGAGCAGAACUAUGCUGCGGCCAAAGGGUCUAUCGGGGUUGGUGCCUAAAUGUCCACCUAAAAUUACUCAAUGAGCUUUCUUUUCCCUGUUCUCAACACAACUGUACGGAUUUUAUGGCUUUGGAGCUUUUGGUCUUGGGGGACUUGUGUUGUUUUCCCCAGGAAAUGCUUCAAGAUGAUUAUUAUUUUUGACGAGGUUAAAAAUGGGAUUUGAACCACCGUACCUCUUGUUUGUAGAGGUCUUUGGUGGUAUGACUGGCUGGGCGGUUUUGCGGAGUUUCGGAUACCCAUUUUCUAACUAUUUGCGGCUUGCGGCUUGUGUAUUGUUGAUCAUGUAACCUUCGAUUGUCACCUUGAUUCCACGCCGCUAUUGACAGGCUGGCUGCGGAACAACCGGCCGAAGGGUAAUAAUGCUUGUCUUAUUGGGCCAACUAGAUUGCUAUUUGGCGAGAGUAAUGACUAGGUUGGAAGCUUUCGAUGUCUAUGCCCACAAGAGUCCAGUUUUAAUCAUUACAAUUGGGCUGUCAUAAGAUUUAAUAUCAAUGGUUUAUUUACAUGAAGACAACAUGCUGCCUGAAUUCAACAUGUGCUCGUUCAUCAAAAUUCCCUGCCAAAACUUGCAAGAAACACGCAUACAAGCAUCGUCCGCUUUGGAAAGCGCUCAACACUAACAUGCUUGACUGCUCAGGUAAUGCCCAGUAUAACCAAGAUGUAUGAUUCCCCUAAAUGAGCCAGCUCCGAACUUAUAAGAGAAAACAAAAGCCUACCGUAAACCCAAGAAACCUUUCCCCCCACCCGCCUUUGUUUUUUCUUUUCCGAAUACCCCAGAAAAGAGCCCAGAAUUUGAAACCUACUUUGUUGCAGUGUUGGAGACAGACUGCAGAUACCCAAGCAAAAAGUUCCUGUCUGCAGGAGAUAUGGGUGUUUGACUACCCAUGGGAGAUGGUUGGCCACUUCUCGACCCUUCGCCCGAAGCAGACGCGAGUACCGCGGGACGAGAGAGGGGUCGCGCGGUCUGAUCUGCGAGUGGAAGAGACAUGGGAAUUUCCUUGCCUUUGCCCGAGUUUUCGGCUCCUGAGGGCACUUGCUGUGUUUGUUGCUUGCUAAACAACGACAAAAGCAACGUCUUUUGCUCAGGUGUCGCCUGGGAUGGACGUCUAGCUGCCUGCUGCUGCUGUUGGCCUAAGAAACCCGGCAUUCCGGUCGCCGAAGGCGUCCUGUUGGGCACAGGAUUCCCGAGAUAUGCCUGAGAGGUCUGUGCUAUAUUAGGCUGCUGCCCUGAGAAGUGGGCAUGGCUAGCUGUUGCAGAUGAUUGAUUUCCUACAGAGACUGGCCGGUGUAUUCUGUUCAUCGCGGAGUGAGAGGAUUGCGAGCCAUAUGAUGAAGCCAGAGCAGGAUCAGGUGCACUACCGCGCUCUAAUCCCUGAGGACGACUGAGAAGCUUGAGCGCCCCGAAUGGUAAGUGUAGGUUUGGGUCCAUCUGAAUCGGCCCACCACUGGUCUGUGCUGCAGCUCGAAUGGUUUCGGCUGUGGAGCUCACUGCUUGAGGUUGAGGUGGGUUUGCGAACUGUAAUCCCGGUGACGACCCUGUACCGUCCAAGUUGCUGAUUGGGGUUGCUCCUUGACGUGCUGCUGAAUUUGGGGUCGGAGAUUUGAAUAUGCCCAGAAGCGCGUUCUUGUGCGUUUGUGCCGACGUCUGUGCCUGGACAUCCAACUGGACGGGCCUCGGGGAUCCAGCCAUCCUUAAUGCCUGGUCUAGGAACUGCUGAGAUGUCUGUGUUGUGGUGGUCGUCUGCGAGAGUUGCAUGACUUGGGAUGUGGGCUCAGGCACAGGCGGGUUGGCUGGUGCGCUGUCUGUAGGCCGGGUGGUAUUUCCCCUCAAGGCACUAAGGAGAGACAUGGAAUGGGUACUUAGCUGCGGGGCCGGAGCUACAUUCUCUGUUGGCUUGGUGUAUGCUUGAUGGCUUGGGCCCGAAGGAAGGAAAUGUUGCGGAAGUUGGUGAGCAAAUGCUGCUGGGUUCGAUGCCCCACCUGCUGCAGAUGGUCCAGCGUGGC